GUCAAAUAAAUGCAAUCUUAAUGAGCACAAAAGACUUUUAAAAUGAUAUCUUAAUUAUUCCAAACUUCUGACCUAUAGUGUAAUUUAAGUGGAUUUGGUCACACCAGCAGCUCCUAUGGUGUGCACACUUUAAUAGGUUCCAUGAUGCUUUUUUAAUUGGAUGGAGGAAGAGGAAUCCACCAAAGAUGCCCCACUAGUUAAUUUCCUGAAGAAACUCGGAUGAACUUAACCUAACUACUGCAUCUAGGAGAUUGUCUGGGUUUUGGCGUUCAACUAUAAGCUUCAAAACAACGUUUAAAUAAUGUCGAUUUUGCAUAAUUGUUUGAAAAGGUGUUAACCCUGCUCCAGCACACCUGCUUGUAGUUCUCAAGCAAUUCCGAAGGUGUUGAUUAGCUGGUUCAGAUGUGUUAAAUAGAGCUGCAGGAACUGAGUUAGAAAGCCCCGCCCUUAAACGCUGACUCACUGACAGGAACGCUAUUGGAGAAUGUUGAUCCAGGAGCUGGGGUAAACGCAAAGUUAAUUAUGGCUACUGAGGGAGACCCAACUGGCUUUGUGAAAGUGCUUCACCUUCUGGUGAUUUCUUUCAUCUGGGGAAUGCAGGUGUGGGUGUCUUUCAUAGCAGGUUUUGUGCUGAUUUCCCAGGUAUCCAUGCACAUGUUCGGUCUUGUGCAAAGCAAGUUAUUCCCAUUUUAUUUCUAUUGUCUGCUGGGUGGAAAUGCAGUCAGUCUGGCCAUAUUUGCUGUGUACCACCCUAGAGAACUGCUGGACUGGCAUGAGGGCAUACAGAUGACUCUUUUCUUUGUGGCUGUGAUCAUGGCCGGCUUGAACGCGCAGUGGUUUGGUCCAUCUGCCACAGAGAGCAUGCUGGUCAUGCAGGAGAUCGAGAAGGAACACGGUCUGGGAAAUCAGGUGGGUAUGAGCUCCAAUAAGGAAGGAUACGCCAAACUCCGUGAGCAGGACCCGAAAUACAAGGAGCACAGGACCACCUUCUACCGCUACCACGGUCUGUCCAACCUCUGCAACCUCAUAGGCUUUUUCUCCACUACCAUCAAUCUCAUUUACCUGGCCCUCCAUUUGGGAACUAUAUGAGUGUGUUGUGUGUCUUUGAGAAAGAGUGCAGUCUGACAGAUAUUUUUAGAGAAUUAUCCUGUAUAUGUUCUCUCUUUUUGUCAGACUGAUUUGUAUAACAAUAAUGCUUCUAGUUUUUAUACAACAAGAGUGUUUAGUGUUCGUUAAGGUUAAAAGAACCAAAUUCAGACCCCUUGACUUGAGCCAAAAGUGAACCGAGUGAAAAGAGCCCAGUUGAUUUUGUAUUUACAGUCCCUAAAAGUGGACUCUCACUUAGAAAUGUUAGGAAUCAUGUGGACAUUUUUUGACUUAUAAAAAAAA